UCUCUCUCUUCUCUCUCUAUCUACACUGACAGCUCUCUCUCUCUCUCAACAAAGAAAACCAGAUACAUAGUCCCCCACACUCUAUUUUACAAGUAAUUCUCUCUCUUCUGAUAGUUGAGAGAAGAAAACCAGGCAUCUUAAUCUAAUAGAAAGUGCAAAUUCUUAGCUUAAAUGUGAAGCUUCCUUAAGAUGCAUUUCAGUGAUAAGCCAUUCAACUUCACAGAAGUAACAAAGAUUCCUCUUCUUUUCCACUGUGUUUCCAAUAAAUUAGCUCUCAUUCAAGUGUUUAGACCUCAUCCUCCUUGUCUUCUUUCAAGACCAAAGCCACAACAAGUUCCAGAAAUUGACAUUCUCCACCUUUGUGUUCUCCAUAAAUUCAUACCUUUUCAAGUGUUCAGGCUUCACCCUUCAAAGUUUGUCUUGAUAGAGAAAUAAUGAUGCCCAUUUCUGCACUUCUCACUGUUCUCUCUCUUGGGUUCUUCUCUCUCUUCUUCUUUGUGUCUUCUUACUGAGGCCUUUUCUAUAAAUUGUUGCCUUUUCAAGUUCCUAGGCUUCCGUCUUAGGCAAAAAUCUCAGAACCUAAGUUGUAUACUCUGUUUUGAGAUAGAAAAAUGGCAUCAAUUCUACUCUUUUCACUACUCUCUCUCUUGGGUUCUUCUCUCUUUUCUUCGCCUUCCUCUUCUCUCUCUACUGAUGCUAUGAUCUUAACUUCUCUCAAGAAAAACUUCUUGUAUACUGACCAGGCAUUGAACAGUUGGGAUUUGUCGAAUGGAGAUUCAAUCUGUUCGUGGGCUGGAGUAGGCUGCGAAAGAGGCAGAAUGGUCUCCCUAGACAUCUCAAAUUUGAACCUCUCAGGUUCUGUUUCACCUGAAGUCUCACAAUUAGACCACCUGGUUAACCUCUCAGUCUCCGGAAACUUGUUUUCUGGUGAAUUUCCGGCCAAAAUAUCCUCGCUUUCGAGCCUUCGAUAUCUAAACAUCUCCAACAAUUUGUUCAAUGGAAGCUUGGAUUGGGACUUCUCAGGCCUAAAGAAACUCGAAGUCAUCGAUGUCUAUAAUAACAACUUCAAAGGUAAGCUCCCUUUGGGUCUUUCAUGGCUGAAGAAUUUGAAGUAUCUAGACCUUGGUGGCAACUAUUUCUAUGGGACCAUACCUCCAAGCUAUGGUAAUUUCUCAGAGCUUGAGUUUCUCUCUCUUGCUGGGAAUGAUCUAACUGGUAAAAUACCAGGUGAGUUAGGCAAUCUCAGCAAUUUGAGAGAGCUUUGCAUGGGUUAUUACAAUGAUUUUCAAGGUGGAAUUCCAUAUGAGUUUGGCAAUUUGCUCAAUCUCAAUCACUUAGAUCUCUCUAGUUGUGGUCUAGAAGGCCCAAUCCCUGAAAGUUUGGGCUCUCUCAAGCUUUUAGACACUCUGUUUUUGCAGACUAAUUCUCUCUCGAGUGCAAUCCCGAGACAGUUAGGAAACUUAACUGCCUUGAUAAAUCUAGACCUCUCUAACAAUGCAUUAACAGGAGAGAUCCCACAAGAGUUCUCAAACCUCAAAGGCCUCGCUCUUCUGAACCUUUUCAUGAAUAAAUUACAUGGAUCGAUCCCUGAUUUCAUCGCAGAAUUACCUAAUUUGGAAACCCUAGGGUUAUGGAUGAACAAUUUCACAGGAACCAUCCCCAAAAAACUUGGCCAAAACGGGAAGCUCGAGUCCCUUGAUUUAUCGACAAAUAGGCUUACUGGUCUGAUACCUUCCGGUCUUUGCACUGGUAUGAAGCUUAGAAUACUGAUACUGUUGAAUAAUUUUCUUUUUGGUCCAAUUCCUGAGAGCUUGGGCUCUUGCUUGAGCCUUUCUAGAGUGAGAAUGGGUCAAAACUACUUAAAUGGUAGCAUUCCUGAUGGCUUCUUAUACUUGCCCGAGCUCACUCUAAUGGAGUUGCAGAACAAUUAUCUCACUGGAAAUUUCUCGGAGAACGGUGACUCAAAUAGGAAGCCGGAAAAGUUGGGUCAGUUGAAUCUCUCUAACAAUUGCAUUUCCGGGUGCCCUCCUGUUUCUCUCUCCAACUUCUCAGCUCUCCAAAUCCUUUUGUUGGGCGAUAAUCGAUUCUCCUGUGACAUUCCAUCAGAGAUCGGAGAGCUAAAACACAUUUUGAAGCUUGAUCUCAGCAAAAAUCAGAUUUCAGGUGAAAUUCCAAUAGAAAUAGGAAAUUGCUUUUCAUUAACUUACCUUGAUUUGAGCCAAAACCAGCUUAGUGGCCAGAUUCCAGCCGAAAUUUCAGGAAUUCGAAUACUGAAUUACCUAAAUUUAUCGAGAAACCAUCUUAGCCUGAACAUACCAAGGUCAAUUGGCUCCAUGAAAAGCUUAACAGUGGCUGAUUUCUCCUUCAAUAAUUUCUCAGGAAGGUUGCCUGAAUCCGGGCAAUUCGCUUACUUCAAUGCCACUUCUUUCGCUGGAAACCCACUUUUAUGUGGUUCUUUACUGAACCCAUGUGAAUUUCCCUCGAUUUCUCAGGAUUCGAGCAAGGAUUUCAAGAUGGUUUUCAUAUUGGGUCUCUUGGUUUGCUCCCUGGUCUUUGGAAUUGCAGGGAUUUUGAAAGCUCGAUCUCUUCGAAGGUCUAAUUCUCUCUCAUGGAAACUCACUGCAUUUCAAAAGAUUGAUUAUAGCACAGAGAAUAUAUUGGAGUGCUUAAAAGACUGCAAUGUUAUUGGAAGGGGAGGAGCUGGUAUAGUCUAUCAUGGAGUUAUGCCUAGUGGCGAAGAAAUUGCGGUGAAAAGAUUGUUGGGUUUCGGAAAUCACCAUGACCAUGGAUUCACAGCUGAAAUACAGACAUUGGGCCAGAUCAAACACAGGAAUAUAGUGAGGCUAUUGGCCUUCUGCUCAAAUUCAGAGAGCAAUUUGCUGGUUUAUGAGUAUAUGAAGAAUGGGAGCUUGGGUGAGUUCCUCCAUGGAAAGAGGGGGAGCUUUUUGAAAUGGGAAUUGAGGUAUAAAAUAGCAGGGGAAGCAGCAAAGGGACUGUGUUAUCUUCACCAUGACUGUUCUCCAUUGAUAGUGCACAGAGAUGUGAAGUCAAAUAAUAUUUUGUUGGAUGGGGAGUAUGAGGCCCAUGUUGCAGAUUUUGGGCUGGCCAAGUUCUUGCAGGAUACUGGAGGAUCAGAGUGCAUGUCGGUCAUUGCUGGAUCUUAUGGGUACAUUGCACCAGAGUAUGCCUACACUUUGAAGGUGGACGAGAAAAGCGACGUGUACAGCUUCGGUGUCGUGCUCCUAGAACUCAUCACCGGCCAUCGGCCAGUCGGGGACUUUGGAGACGGUGUCGAUAUUGUCCAAUGGGCCAAAAGGACGACAGGAGGCGACCGGAGGAAAGUAACCCUAAUCCUAGACUCAAGACUAAACCAAGUUCCCUUAGAAGAAUCCAUGCACCUCUUCUUCAUAGCAAUGCUGUGUGUCCAAGAAAAUAGCAUAGAGAGACCCACCAUGAGAGAAGUGGUCCAAAUGCUCUCAGAGUUCCCAAACCCUAAACCACCUUCUCAGACCUCCCCCUCCGAUCUCGGAGAGAUCAAAAACCAUAUUAUUUUGUACACCCACUUGCAACCAAUAACUCGAAUUCUUCAACAAACCUCUUCUUCAAAGACUGGAGAGCCAAAGAACCAAGACCCUGGAAAGAUUCAACUUCAACCUCCUCCAAAUCUCUUAAUUUGAAGAAUCACAUGCAUUUCCCCUAAGUUGGGGGAUGUUCAAGAUUGCCGUUUGAUCAUGAAAAUUCCCGAGCUUAACAUCGUAAUCUGAUUGAUUCAUAAUUCGGUUUCGAGAUUCCUUGGGAGUAAGGUCCUUUCCAUGGAUCUACCAUGAAAAAAAUCGAUUUGAAGGUUAAUUUCAUCAUAUCAUGGACUAAGUUAGGAUUAGAGCUGUUUUUAGGCAUGAUCCCACCAAAAUUUGUUGCUAAGGGUACUUUUGUCAUUUGUGUCGGUGAUAGUGGUGUGAUAAUGAGAGAGACAGAGAGGUGGGGUGAACUCAGUUUGAGUUUAGAACAUGGGAAACACUCACCCAAGGAAGUGGUGUGUGUUAUUUUGUACCAUAUUGUCCUUUGAUUUUCCAUUAAAUUUGUAGAGUAUUUUCUUAGUGUACACUUAUAUAAAACAUUCAUAUUAGCAAAAUGAAGUGUGGAAAUGGGUGA